UUCAAUUAGACACGGUAGACUUGUCAAGGAAAUUAUAUCUAGUAUAUACAACAAACAUAUCGAACCUUUAUUAUAAUGCUGUCAGAAUCUACAGAAACUUGCAGUGCAUAUGUAUAUACAUACCAUUUUGCCAUAAGAUAAAGGUAUACAGGUAGAGAUAGACCACACAGGUACGGCCAGGUCACUGACGGACAUUACACUCUAGAGAUAUAAAGCGGUCAUUAGUAUGUAAUAAUGAACAGUAAUGAGUGUAGACGUUUUGAUCAACGGGAAGUUCCUGUUCGUAUUCCAUCUUCCUCGUACACUGACAUCGGGUAUGCAAUAUAAUAUCAGAGGCCACAUAAACAUAUUUACCUCUGUGCAUCUGUGUUAAUUCUUGUCAUAAGACACAAUGGCCAACAAUACCACAUGACUGAUUACUACAUGGCUUUGGAAGGCUGACGACCUUGCCAUUCACUUAAGAUGGUUUAUCAGCAAAACUAUUUAUGUUCUAUUUUCCACCGUUGGCUCACACGUUUGACAGUUUGUCACCAAGCGAUCGGUUUCCUUCCUGGGAAUUAACACAAAUUAGUACCCAGUAUCAGGUAUAUGCUGCAAAUAAUUACAUCUCAGUUGACGUCCUGGAGAAAGUGGUAACGAUAAGAACGAGCUAUAUGUGAGUGAGAAAUCAGAUUCAUAUAUCUGACACCGAUUCCAACAUGGCUGCAGCUAACAGUGACCAAGAGAUCGACGAGCUAAAAAUCCACACCGCCACUGCCUUCGAUUGGGAGGCAGAGAAGAGGAGGAAUACUAACGUAUCUGACGAUGGUACAAACACAUUUUUCUGGAGAGCUCAUACCAUCACGGUCCUCGUCGUUUUCAUCGGCAUUCUCGUCUACAUCGCCUUGUUCGAGGACCCUGUACUCAACCCAGACUACAACAGCAGAAGGGGUGUGGCUGCUGUCGUGUUGGCCUUCCUGCUGUUUGGGGUAACUAUGACACCCGACGGACCCUUCAAACGCCCUCAUCCAGCAAUGUGGCGUUUGGUUCUGUGUGUGAGCAUUGUGUACGAGUUGACGUUGGUGUACCUGUUAUUUCAGACCCCUAAUGACGCCAGAAAACUAUUACGCCAUAUAGACCCCAAUCUGGGUAAGCCCCUACCAGAGAAAAAUUACGGAGGGAACUGCUAUAUAUAUGACUCCGAUCAUCCUGACCCCUUCCACAAUCUGAAGGACAAAGCUGACCUGUUUGUGAUAUCCCACUUUCUUGGCUGGUGGGCAAAGUCGCUGUUUCUGCGAGACUGGUGGAUCUGUUGGGUGUUGAGCAUUAUGUUUGAAGUCCUGGAAUACACAUUUGCACACCAGCUUCCUAACUUCUGCGAAUGUUGGUGGGACCACUGGAUCAUGGAUGUGUUGCUGAGCAAUGGCAUUGGGAUCUAUGUAGGGAUGAAGACCGUUAAGUACUUGAACAUGAAACCUUAUCACUGGCGAGGAAUGUGGAACAUCCCCACUUACCGGGGGAAGAUUAAACGGUUUGCCAUGCAAUUCACCCCCUACAGCUGGACUGAAUUCGACUGGAAACCUUUGUCCAGUCUUCGUCGGUGGCUAGCAGUCAUAGGCCUCAUCGGAUUGUUCCUGCUGGUGGAAAUCAACGACUUUUACAUCAAGUUUGUUCUUUGGAUUCCGCCUGAACACUACCUCAAUGUGAGUAGGAUCGUGUUGGUGCUCUUUAUGGCAGCUCCGUCCGCCAGAGAAGCUUUCCAGUACUUAGACGACCCGACCUGUAAGAAGAUGGGGAGACAAUUUUGGCUGAUCACCGUUAUAACCAUUACCGAAGUCCUUCUCGCCUUGAAAUUUGAAUGGGAAACUGUUACCAAGCCAAUCCCACGCCACGUCACGUAUAUGUGGCUUCUUGGACUGGUGGGCUUGAUUCUACUGACAAUCUGGAAGUUUUACAUUUACCGUGACGUCAAAAACGACGUUCCUUACUCCCAUACUGAGUACAGACGAAGACGGGCGUUAAAUGAACGAAAAUCUACCACAAGUGCCACCGAUGACUCGAAAUCAUUCCAGUUUGAAGCAAGACGACGGCGCCUUCUAGAAAGGCCGACAAAUGGUAAAAUGGCGGAUGAAUGAUAACAACCGCCUGCUCGUGAGGGUUGAUGAUUAGAAGGACAACAACUAAUGAUGAUAUAUCAAUGUUAAGUUAGCCCGCUACAGAACGGCCAGCCCAUGAUGGAACGGCCGGCUAUUAAUAGAGUCAGUGUCGCCAACUCUUGCUUUGUCCGGUCAUCCUGAUGUUAUCCAUGUAAACUGCUCAGUUUUGUUUGUUUUUUUAUCUAAUGCUGAAAUUAUCUGAUAUUUCACUCCUCUUAUACAGAAUGAAAUAGUUCAAAAACCUUAUUGUUGUUAAAAUAACUAACAUAAUGUCUCAACUACAUAAUGUAGCUUGGAAUAUCAACUGAAUGGGUACAAAUUUGACAAAUGUCCUUUAAUACGCUAGUUCACCCCACAUUUCGACGACAAGGACCAGAUAUUUGACUACAUGUUGGCGACACUGUAUAGGACUGUCAAUACAAUGGUAGGAAGUCUUGCCAAUUAUUAUGAUAGGCCGAUGGACCAAUGGUUUUAGAACGGGUUAAAUAGGAUAGAACUGCCACCAAUGACAAUGACAAUUGUCACCAGUGAUAUUUUGGCUGGUCAGUUGCAAAUACAUGUGCAGCUAAUUAUUUAAUUCGUCACGUGGUGUCUUAUUAGUGUCACAGGAUACAGAUAGUUUAUAUGCAAAGUUAUCUACUUGAUUUUUUAAAACAAUGUUUGGAUUAGGUUCCAUUAUAUAAUAUGCCGACUUUAUUUUAUGGAUUAAUAGUUUGUUUUAUAAAGAUAUUGACGCGAGAUUUCUCCAUCAUAACCAUUAUGAUGAAAUCAUAUAUUGUUAUGUAUUUUAUACUUUAAGAUGAUUUUACGAAUAUUAUUGAUAUACAGUUUUACUGACAUUCUUGCUGUUUUUGUUAUACUACAAUCAGUAGGAUCUUACGGACAAGUUACCGAAGCUUACAGGAUUGUACAGGAUACGCACACGAUAUAAGAAGACAACCAGGGGCCAUGUCUUACCGACUUCAUUGUAUUCGUUAAGAUAGUGUUAUUGUAAUAAUUGGCCAGCAAGCACGGCAGAUAUAGGUUACAAUAUAUACUUAUACAGGUCACAAACCAGUAGUUGUUGUAUAUUGGUUUUGAUUUAGUUAUUCUUCCAACGUUAUCGUUAGCGAGUGCUUUUUGUAACUUUAGAAAAAUAACUAACGGGGGAGAAAGAAAUACCAUUUGCAACAAAUACGAGAUUUUAUCACAAUAGAGAAGCUAUUCUGAUGAUAAAUUGACAUGUUUUGUGUCAACGUGUGUUCUUUUCACCAUAUCAGGUGGGGUUGUAAGGAUAUGACCUAAAGUGAAUUGCCGCUAAGUGAUAUGCAAAACUGACUAUUUCGGAAAUAUGUGCAUAUAUUACAAUUUAUUGUUAAUAAUAACAAAUAAUUGCAGUUUUGUAUUUGUAAAAGCAAUGAUUUGAAAGAAAUCUAUAUAAAAGAUGAAUUUUCACAAAAAUAAUUGCUAACUACUUUUUGUGGGUCAUUAUUUCUGCCACCCGUAAAGUGGCCUUUAAGUAUUAGCCAAUCCAAACCCAUUUAACCACGUGAUUAAAAAAUGGUCCCGGUCAAAGGUCACCGUGUCAACCAAUCAAAACGCUUCUAUAGUUUAUUUCGUGUGUGUUAUGAACUGUUUGUUAUUCAACAGUUGUAACGAUUAAUUCAUGCCUUGGGAGUUGAAUAGCACCCGUUUACUGUGGUAGAAAACAAUAAUUGAAUAUAGACACUGACAAACAAAACAUAUACAUGAAUAUCAAACUUAGAUUUAAUAUAUGAGUCCAUAUAUACGUAUUGCGAAUGCAGAGAGAUACCCAAUGUUAUAGACUGGCCACCAGCCCCUUAGUUAUUUUUGUGAUUUCCGUUUUUUUUUUUUUUACUUUCUCUUUUUGUUUUUUGUUUGUUUUUGCUCAGCUAAUUUCGCAGAUACUCAAUUUUAUAGACUGGCCACUAGCCCCAAAGAUAUUUUUUAUUUUUAUUCUUUUGUAAAGAAUUGCUCAGCUGAAUUCGAAUACUAGACCGGCAUCUGUCCUGGUUUAAACCUAUGAAUCAGAAAUAUCCUACACACCAAAAAUAUAGAACUCAAUUUUAUUCAUAAUUUUAAUAUGCUAAAGUUAGGGUCCAGUUUUAAUACACCAAUAGUUGUGGAUCUGUUCUGUCAUCCAGAAUUACGUACAUCCAGAAUAAAACAGCAAUGAGCGAAAUUUUAAUAGUGGUUCUGUAUGUUAUAGAGAAUCGAGGGGAACAGAUUUCUGUAUGGUAUUUGAUCAAAUUGAAAAAAACAAAUAUCAACAUUGCAAUAUAUUCAAGUGUUCAACCGCCAUUAAAGUGUAUAUGAGGUAUUCCUGCCUGUCCCUUCUGUAAUCAACACCCUUUCCUCCUUGUUGCACUAACAGUCGGUUUACGUGUGUUAUUUUUGUUACUGUAAUUUAGAUGUGAUAGAUUGCACCACAUCUUAUUGUUCAUGACAAAUAUAUGCCUUGUACUAUUUUGCCUCCAACAGCACGUAUUGCGUUUUAUGAAUAUGUAUGGCUGUAUGUUAUUCAUUCCAGAUAUUGAGUAUGUUAGAUAACAUGUUAUAAUAAACCGAUUUACGUUUGUGUUGUUAGUAAGAAAACGAUACCAAAUAAAUGUCGUUGUAUAUCGUUGUAGAAAUCUUAGACAAGUUAUCUUAUGAAAUACUAUGUUACCAUGUUCUAUCAACAACCAACGUGUGAGCAAUCAUUCUAAACAACAUAGUAAACAAUUUAUAACUUAGUAUAUAGACUAAUAUAUAAACCAAGUUACAUAGAUCUUAAUUCCUGGAAAAGUCGUCAUUGGAAUUCGAUCUGUCAAGUCAGUAUAAUCCAUGUAGUAUGUGGGGAAAUAUAAUGACUUGAUAAAACGUUGACAGAAUCGUUCAAUUCAUGGUCAGAUGUAAAAUUGCGUAAUUUACAUGUUCCAGUGAAAAAUUGCGUACUCGACUUGUCUUAACAAAGAUGUCAUUGACCAGAAAUGUAAGCAUCUGAUAUAGUAGCAGGUGUCCGUAUUGAGCGUGACAUCUGGUAAACUAUCACUGUGUGUUUGUAUGUUUGUGUACCUUACUAUAUCACUGUGUGUUUGUAUGUUUGUGUACCUUUAAAAUGAUAUACAAAGUGUUCAUUUGUGGAAAUUUAAAUUAUAUACUGUUGCAAUAAUUAGAUAAUAUACCUCAUUUAUAUGUACAGUGCAAUUAUAUUUCAUCCGCCUUUAACCUGUACAAGUGUAUAAUGCUUAGUACGUACAUGAGAUGACGAGUUUAAGCGGUAUUACUAAAUAUCGAAACAUUAUUUACUACUGCAGUCACAUCACAGCCGAGUCAUAUUCUCGACUGCAUUAACCUUUUUACUGACUUAAUUCGUGUUAUUAUGAGUCGGAUCUUAGAUAAAUAUAAUCAUACCAUUGCCUACUAGUCACCUUAUAGCUUACUAACAUCAUGUUAUUGUCGAUUAUAUUUGCCUUAUAACUGAGUAAAACCAUGUUAUAAUCGACUAUAGCCAUCGUAUUACUGCAUAGAUUAUUGUUAUCAUGGACUUCAUAAAUGUAGUCACAUCAUUAGCAUCUUUUAACUGACUAAAGUCAUGUCAUUAUCGGCUUUAUUUACCUUAUAACUGACUAAAGUCAUGUCAUUAUCGGCUAUAUUUACCUUAUAACUGACAAAAGUCAUGUCAUUAUCGGCUAUAUUUACCUUAUAACUGACUAAAGUCAUGUCAUAAUCGGCUAUAUUUACCUUAUACAUGUAUUAAAGUCAUUUCAUUAUCGGCUAUAUUACCUUAUGACUGACUAAAGUCAUGUCAUUAUCGGCUAUGUUUACCUUAUUACUGACUUUAGUCAUGUCAUUAUAUGGCUAUGUUUACCUAAUAUUAAAGUCAUUUCAUUAUCGGCUAUGAUUACCUCAUUACUGACUAUAGUCAUAUAAUUAUCGGUUAUAAACAAGAAAACUAUCGCCCCCUUUUAACUUGACUACAGUCUUGUUAUUAUCGCCUACAGUCACAUAUACAUGUAGCUAAAUAUGGUAAUAUAAUUAUCGACCAAAGUCACCUCUAUUCAUUUGAUAUUAGUAUUGGAUAUCGUCACGGUAUAGCUGAUUAUUAUCAUUAUUAUCGACUACAGUUACACUCUGUAAAGAUUGUUUUUGAGUCACACAUGCGGUUUUCAGUGAAAGGAUGGAAUUUUCUUUGAACCUAUCAAACGAAUGAUAAUUUUUCCCGAUCAGAUUUAUUAUCAGGUGUAGUUAUAAAUAUUUGUGGGUUCAUUCUAUCCCGGAAAUAAGCCAAACCCAGAACCCCUUGAAAACAACCAUUAUAGCACUUGACUGUAGACACUGUGUACAUGAAUACAUGUAGUAAUGGUAAAUUAUGUCAUACACAAUGCAGUAUAUAAGCUGUCCAUUCCAUUACCCAGAUGUUAUAUAAAAUGUGAUCACUCAUACAUAUGCUGUUCGUGAAGAAAUGUGAUAAAUUCCUUACUACAACCAGCCAUGAUGCCUUUGGAUCUGUUACGUUAUGAUGUAACAAUAAAAUAAUAUUUGUAUUA